CAUUAUAUUCCUGCAAUCCAAACAUAUUAAUAUUGUUUAAUUUAAAAACUAAACCCCCACAACACAACACCACAAUAAAAUUGGGGAACAGUAGUGAGCAGAAAAAAAAUGAAGGCGUUAGGAUGGUGGUUGAUUGUGGUUGGGACGCUCAGAUUAGCCUCCGUGUGGUUCGGUUUCUUCGACAUUUGGGCACUUCGACUCGCCGUCUUCUCUCAAACUUCCAUGACUGAAGUUCAUGGACGCACAUUUGGAACAUGGACAUUGUUGACAUGCACCCUCUGCUAUAUCUGUGCAUUCAACCUUGAUAAUAAGCCUAUUUACCUUGCUACUUUAUUGUCAUUUGUCUAUGCGUUUGGUCAUUUCUUGACCGAAUACCUAAUUUAUCAAACAAUGGCUAUUUCGAAUCUCACUACUGUCGGCAUAUUUGCAGGAACAUCAAUAUUAUGGAUGCUAUUGCAAUGGAAUGCACACCUGAAAGUUCGCUCGAAGCCUUCCAAUAGAAAGCAUUAGCAAGCAAAAUGUCAUGGGAUGAAAGUGCAAUGUGGUUGGUUCUAUAUUAGACUUUGUGCAUGUUUGAAUUUACGGCGAGUCCGACACAAUCACAGUGAGUCAUUGUUAUUUUGCAAAACUAGACUGUAACUCUUACAAAACUUCGGUUGCAAAUACGUGACACUAAACACAUAGUCUGUUAGGAAACCAAAGAUGUGUCUCUAAUAUCUCAUCGAUGUCCUUUUACUUCACUUUAAGAGUAAUUUCAAUUUGGUAAAA